AUGCAGCGCGAAGGCAGGAAAGUGGUGCUGGUGCUCGACAACUGCACCGCCCAUCAUACCGCCCAGAAUCUGUCGAACGUGGAGAUUUUUUUCCUCCCUCCCAACACCACUGCGGGCUUGCAACCCAUGGACGCAGGAGUGAUUGCUUGCUUCAAGGCGCUGUAUCGGCAUCGUGUUUUGAGCAGGCUGGCGCUGAACCUGAACAUCUACAUAUGUGAACGCCGACCUGCGCCAGACUUCAAGGUUUCGCUCCUGAUGGCCGUGCAGUUCAUUUCUGCAGCAUGGGCAGAAGUCGGCUCCUCCACCAUCACGAAUUGCUCCUGUAAGGUGGGCUUUGCUGGGGAUUCCAGUGAGGCGGAAGUGGAAGGCCGCGACGCUCCUGCCAACCAGAAAUGA